GCAUUACUUCCAUUUGAGCAGCGAGCUGCCCGAUCAUGACAUCUAUCUGUACAAUAAACCUGGAGGCCAGGGCACAGGAGGCAAAGGUACAAUGUCGGACCUUGUUCAGAAUCUCUUCCCAACCUCUCAGUUUCAAGGGAUCGCCUGCAUCGUGCUGUCAUUCGUGGACGCUAAAGGCUGCGCGCUGCAGGUUCCCGCUCAGGACGGCAGUGGCCCGGCUCUCAGAGGCGACAUCUCCAGCAUCUCCCUCCAGCCGGACCAGUUCGAGGCCUUGACGACUGUCGUCAAAGUGGACUCUGGCAGCCAGAGCUCAGGUGCAACCGUGCGAGUGCGCUUCGACGUGUGGGAGCAGGGUAACAUCAGCCCGCUGCAGCUGACCGACCGGCUCAGGGCGGCUCUACGCCACGCCCUCUGCGACGUCGUCAUGGAGAUGCGUGUGCUGCCAAACCCGUUGUGUCUGGACACCUUCUGCCUGCCUGCUGCCACCCAGCGGGACGAGAGCACAGUUGCCUUGAGUCUCCUGCAGUCUGACAGUAAGGAGGUGAAGGAGAGCGUUCGGCGGCCCAGUGGAGCUCAUGGGCUCAAGAGCAGCCCGUCUCCCAUCAGCCUGAGUUCUGUGCCCAGCUCCACCCCGACCACUGGAACCAGCACGCCCGAGUCCACCACACCCACCGGCAAAACCACGCGCCGCUUCUUCUGGGAAAUACUGAGUAAACCAGAAACUUCUGAGCUUGGCAGUCCGAAGACGACGGAUGACAUCGUACCGGAGCGUGUCGAGGACAGUCGCGUGAACCGACGGAGACACAAGACGGAGAGCGUCAAACAGCAGUGGAACCACGAGAAAGCCAUGGCAGUCGAGCAAGAGCAGGCCCAGAGGAGACAUGCAGUCCAGCUGGAGGAGGGUGAUACAGGCACUCUUCAGCCCGUCUUCCAGACCACGUACCUGCCCUGGGUCACCUUCAUGAACAGACUGGGUUGUCCGUCCAUCCAGCACUGUUCAGCUGAAGUCUCGCAUCAUUUCCUCCUGCCCUCCAUCCUCACAGAGAUCGUCAAUCUGGUGGGCUCGCUGGCCAGUGACACGGCGGCCAAAGUGUUCGAAAGAAGCAGCUGUCCUCAGGGAGACAUCUAUGUCCCCCUGUCAAUCAUCCAGCACAUCAGCCAACCACCUGGCACCACCAGGAGCUUCAUUCUCAUUGGUCGCAACUUCAGCCAAUGGCACUGCAGUACAGAACAAGAAGAGAGUUCAGAUGAAGAGAACAGUCCUGUACUAAAUAGGUGCACACCUCAUAAGGGCAUGCAGCGGUUCGAGGCUUUGGAGCACAGUGAUUGGCUGAGCCCGGGACAGGCUGUGAGGGGCGUGGCUCCACGCCAGCGCUUCCUGUACAUGCAGAUUGUCAAUAAGAAGGUGACUCUGUACACGUAUAACUGGUCGGUGGAUCUGGGCGUCUCUCUGAAUCAGGGUCUGGUCAGACUGGUGCAGUGGCAGAACGCCCGCGCUCAUGUGGUCAACUGCCUCCUGAGUCAGAAAAUGGGCCUUUUCCAUCAUUACUGCUUCUCUGAUACGCCUACACAUGAGGACCUGAAACAGCAGGAGCCCAGCUCGUUCCUGAGCUCCACGAUCGAGGCGGACGCUCUGUUGAGGAGUCCGGUUCCUCCGGCCGCGAGUAAGGAUCAGGGUCGGAUGGGCAGCUCUGCGCGUGCUCUUCCUCCUCUGGCCUUCCCCGGAGAACUCGUGCCCUUUGAUGAAGCUCUGAGAGACGUGAACACGGUGAGGCCCCUGACCAGUCAGGACGGACCCGAUAUAGUCACUCGCCAUGGAGCCCAGCUACUGGAGGUCAAAGCCGCUGAACGCAGAGAGCUGGAGAGACAGAUGAAGAUUGAGAAUCUGUUUGUGACGUGGCAGCAGCGCUCGGCUCAGUCCAACAUGCCCAUCUCUGUGGCGGAUCUGGACACACUAAAGCAGUCCUCUCGACUGGUCCAUUACUGCGCCACUCCGCUGCUCUUCGACCCUGUCUUCCGGAAACAGAUUCAAGAGGAACAGCUGCCUCAGCCCCAGAUGAAGAAGCGGCAUCGCUCCAGUGACUCCACGGCGUCCGGCCGCGAUCGCAGCUACAGCACGGAUUCUGCAGACAUGCAUCCGAGUCGAUUGAAGGAGGAGCCGUGGCUGCAGGAGAUCUCCAGCAUGUUCCUGCAGCAGUAUGUGCAGUAUCUGCAGAGCAUGGGCUUCAUCCUGGUGCAGGUCCGGCCGCAGUCGCCCGCUCGCAGCAUCGCUCGAGCCCGAGCCGCCAUGUUGAGUUCUUUAUCCACUGAAGGCAGAUCAUCCUUCUCCUCUUUCUCAUAUAAUAAGCAGAAAAGUGAAGACAGCCCCAAGAGCAAUACAUCGAGCUCGGCAUCAUAUCACCUGCAGAGGGCGCUGCCGGGAGGAAUCGUCCUGAUGGAGCUGGCUUUUCAAGGCUGUUAUUUCUGCGUGAAGCAGUUUGCAUUAGAGUGCUCAAGGAUUCCCAUGGGUCAGACGGUUAAUUCUCAGCUGUCCAUGCUGUUCACCGAGGAGUGCGAUAAGGUGCGGGAUCUGAUGCACGUUCACUCCUUCAGCUACGACUUCCACCUGCGUGUGGUGCAUCAGUACCUCGUGGGCUGUCACAUGACCCUGCGGCAGGGGGACCAGCUCACGGCCUUUCUGGAGGGCUUCAUCGCCCAUCACCCCCACAUCCCAAAGUUCGGACGCAACCACGUCUUCCAGGGGAGUUUCUCCAUAUCUACGGGAAUGAUCACAGCACAUCAGCUGUAUAAUUACAUCACUGAUCACGCAGGCACUUACGGGAUGAAGCCCUUGCGCAUGUCUAAAGCUGCAGUUACCACCGAUAACAAGAAGGGGGCGCCGAGCGCAGACCUGCACGAGUACGCACUGGUCGCUCUGUGGAACAGCUCUGGCUCAUUUAAAGACUUGGAGGGAUUGCGACACCAUGAUGACUUUGACGUGUCGCUGCUGGUUUGUCAUAACGCCGCCCCGUUUGAGGAGCAGUCUGAGGGAGAGAGACACCUGCUCAGGCUGCGUUUCUAUGUGAUCAUGACCAGUCAGAGGGAGCUGUUCCCGCGUUUGACUGCAGACAUGCGGCGCUUUAAGAAGCUUCCGCAGAUCCACCGUGACCCCGGUGACCUCAGCAGCCGCAUCCCUGUGGAGCAGAUGGAGGCUGGCAGCCCGGGGGAGCGGGAAUCUGAACUGGACCUGUGGGAGGACACCACCGCCCCCGUCACCCCUGCAGCCAGCCCUGAGUCUGACCCCAUGGAGAGCCUCCUGCACGCAGACGCAGACACAGACGACUCCCAGGGGCUCUUCUACCUGUGUCCUCUCUUCCCCCUGCUCAGUUCGGAGGUGCUGUCUGCUCGCCGGCAGAUUCAGAGCAGCGUGGAGCAGGCCAUGGGCCACUGCCGCAGGGAUAACCUCUGGAGGAGGCUCUUUCAUGGAGAGUACUUGGCUCUGGAUAAACUCAAACUCAGCAAGCUGACCUUCGGUGAACUGGAAGAGCUGCUGGAUGCUGUGCAGAGCAGAUCGGUUUCUGAGAUUGACCCGCAGCUGGACUGUUUCCUGAAUAUGAGUCCCGCCUGGUACCAGAGUCUCAUCAAAGUCCUGCUGUCCCGCUUCCCACAGAACUGCAGGCACUUUAAAGACGACUGCGGCAUACAGUACCUGGCCGUCCUGAACCAGAAGUUCACUGACUGUUUUGUGCUCGUUUUCCUGGACACACAGGCAGGAAAAACUCAGCAGUCCUCCACCGCAGCUGGUCUCCAUGUACCACCAUCUGGAGUCGGUCAUCAACACCGCCUGCUACAACCUCUGGACGGGCCUGCUGUGAACCUGUGUUUCUGCCAGCGGUGCAUCAGACGGAGUCAAGUGUCUGACAAAGAUUGA